AUGAUUUCGGCGACAUUUGUGUCGGAAUGGGGAAGCAUCGGUGACGAGGAAUUGUUCUCGGACUUGAAUAUAUUUUCGAAAAAGGAGCGGGAGAAAGUGUUGAAGGAGGAAGAUAAAAUUAAUCCCGAAAUCUACUACAGAUGGGUUGCUGGUGUUUCUCUAAUUUUGCUGCAUCAUCCAUCCGCGCCGCUUCGUCUUUCCCGGACACCAUCUCUCCUUCAACUUUAUGUACGCAUCGAGAUUCAAAGAAGAGGGUUCAGUGAAUUUGGGGUUGAUGGUGGACCAGCGGCUAAGACCCUGAAACCGAAGUUCAACAUCUUCUUGAAACAUGCAACUGAUCAUACUGGUUUGAAAGUGUCAGAUGUUGAAAUCAAACAUUUAAUUGCAGCUUCAAUUGUUAUGAAGGGAUUGGGAAGCUUUCUUUUCAUAUUUGGGAGUUCAAUUAGAGCCUAUUUGCUGCUUCUUCACAAAUUGAUAGCCACUCCAAUCUUGUACGACUUCUACAACUACGAUGAUGACAGAAAAGAAUAUGGUCAAUUUUUUGUUAAGUUUACACAGAGUCUGGCAUUGUUUGGGGCAAUACUGUUCUUCAUUGGUAUGAAUAAAAUAUCUUCAUCACUUUAUGUUCUUCCCAUUUCGUGA